AUGGAUUCAAAACUUGUAGGCAAAAAUAUCCUUGCGAUGGUUGAAGAAAAUGAGCAACUAACCAUUCUUACAUUCAUCGUAUUCAUAAGACAAGAGUUCGGAUACACCAUCACAUAUCGUAAAGCAUGGCUAGCAAAACAAUGGGCCCUCAAGAUUCAAACUAUUCCUGCACUAGACGAGUCCAACCAACCAAUCCCAGACAAGGUCAUAUUCCAUCGAAUUUUUUGGUCAUUUAAAGCAUGCAUUGAUGCAUUUGCAUUUUGUAAACUCGUUAUGAAAAUUGAUGGAACAUGGCUAUAUGGAAGAUACAAAGGGACGUUGUUAAUUGCAGUUGCACAAGAUGGCACUAACAACAUAUUUCCAUUGGCAUUUGACAUUGUCAAGGGUGAGACAACAUAUGGGUGA